AUGCCGCAAUCGGACCGAUUCGAAUACGUCAAAUUGAAGAUAAUUGAACACUUCGAUGACAUUGAGCAGCGCCGCUUAAACCGGCUACUUUCCGAGCUUCCCCUUGGUGACAAUAAGCCGUCGGAGUUAUACUUCGAAAUGAAGCGCGUGGCCGGAAGCACCAUAGGCGAAUCCGCAUGGAAAAGCCUCUGGACCAAACGCCUUCCGGCAUUUGCUCAACCAGUAGUUGCUGCCUCUUCAGGUACAGCGUCCGAAUUCAGGAAAAUUGCUGACUCCAUCAUAGACGCAGUUACGCCGCAGCAUGUUCACCGUGUUGAAUCAGGAGGUUCGAGUGUGAUUAACCAGCUUCGCACAUCUAUAGAAGACUUGGGUAAGCGUUUGGAUAGAUUCUCCGUACGCUCACGCUCCCGCAAUCGCCAGCAAUCUACUAACAAUUUCCGACCGGAAAGCUCAAGUCGACCCGACGUUCAAGGGAGUAAGCCGGGUUCAUCCGCUUCAUCCGCUAACUACCAAUGCUGGUACCACCAAAAGUACGGAACAAAUGCUCGCAAGUGUCGUAGUCCGUGUCGCUAUAGGCACCGUGCAGCCAAAGCAGUAACUACAGAAAACCGAGAAGAAUGA